CGGUCGCUUCCGCCGGAUUGCGAACCGCCGCGCGGCGGGAGGUCACGGCCCCUUUAAGGCCGAGCCCCGCCCCUGCCUUCCCGCCCCCUCCUCCCCUCCCCCUUCCGCCCGUACCUGGUGCCCGGGCGGCGGGUCGUGCCGAGCCGCGCGGGGCGGGAGCUGGCGGUCACCAUGGCAAUGCGGGAGCUGGUGGAGGCCGAGUGCGGGGGCGCCAACCCGCUCAUGAAGCUGGCGGGCCACUUCACGCAGGACAAGGCCCUGCAGCAGGAGGGCUUGAAGCCGGGCCCCUGGCCCCCGGGCACGCCGGCCUCCGAGGCGGUUUCAAAGCCUUUGGGAUCGGCCUCCGAAGAUGAGCUGGUGGCCGAGUUCCUCCAGGACCAGAAUGUCCCACUUGUAUCCCGGGCGCCGCAGACCUUCAAGAUGGAUGACCUCUUGGCCGAGAUGCAGGAGAUUGAACAGUCAAGUUUCCGGCAGGCCCCCCAGAGAGCUCCUGGGGUGGCUGACUUGGCCUUGUCUGAGAACUGGGCCCAGGAGUUUCUCGCCGCUGGAGACGCCGUGGACGUCUCUCAGGAUUAUAACGAGACGGACUGGUCUCAGGAAUUCAUCUCUGAAGUCACAGACCCUCUGGCCGUGUCCCCGGCCCGCUGGGCGGAGGAGUACCUGGAGCAGUCGGAGGAGAAGCUGUGGCUGGGGGAGCCCGAGGGGACGGCGGGCGCCGAUCGCUGGUACGACGAGUAUCACCCCGAGCUGGACCUGCAGCGUACAGCCAGCGACUUCGUGGCCAAGGUGGAUGACCCCAAGUUGGCCAAUUCGGAGUUCCUGAGGUUCGUGCGGCAGAUUGGCGAGGGGCAGGUGGCCCUGGAGUCCGGUGCAGGGUCUGGCCGAGCUCAGGCAGAGCAGUGGGCGGCAGAGUUUACUCAGCAGCAGGAUACCUCGGAAGCCUGGGUGGACCAGUUCACGAGACCGGCCAACACCUCCACCCUGGACGUGGAGUUCGAACGCGCCAAGUCCGCUCUAGAGUCUGAUGUCGAUUUCUGGGACAAGUUGCAGGCAGAGCUGGAGGAGAUGGCGAAGCGGGACGCCGAGACCCACCCCUGGCUCUCCGACUACGACGACCUCGCCGCUGCUUCCUACGAUAAGGGGUACCAGUUCGAGGAGGAGAACCCCCUGCGAGACCACCCCCAGCCUUUUGAGGAAGGGCUGCGGCGGCUGCGGGAGGGGGACCUGCCCAACGCCGUGCUGCUGUUCGAGGCGGCCGUGCAGCAGGACCCCAAGCACAUGGAGGCGUGGCAGUACCUGGGCACCACGCAGGCUGAGAACGAGCAGGAGCUGCUAGCCAUCAGCGCUCUGCGGAAGUGCCUGGAGCUGAAGCCAGAUAACCGCACGGCCCUGAUGGCGCUGGCCGUCAGCUUCACCAACGAGUCCCUGCAGCGCCAGGCCUGCGAGACCCUCCGGGACUGGCUGCGCUACACCCCCGCCUACGCCCACCUGGUGCCCAGGGAGGAGGGCGCGGGCGGGGCGGGCCUGGGCCCCAGCAAGCGCAUCCUGGGCUCCCUGUUCACCGACGCGCAGUUCCUGGAGGUGAAGGAGCUCUUCCUGGCCGCCGUGCGCCUGGACCCCUCCGCCAUCGACCCCGACGUGCAGUGCGGCCUGGGCGUCCUCUUCAACCUCAGCGGGGAGUACGACAAGGCCGUGGACUGCUUCACCGCGGCCCUCAGCGUGCGGCCCAACGACUACCUGCUGUGGAACAAACUCGGGGCCACCUUGGCCAACGGGAACCAGAGCGAAGAGGCCGUGGCCGCCUACCGGCGGGCCCUGGAACUGCAGCCCGGCUACAUCCGCUCCCGGUACAACCUGGGCAUCAGCUGCAUCAACCUUGGCGCCCACCGGGAAGCCGUGGAGCACUUCCUGGAGGCCCUGAACAUGCAGCGGAAGAGCCGGGGGCCCCGGGGCGAGGGGGGUGCCAUGUCCGAGAACAUUUGGAACACCCUGCGCUUGGCGCUGUCCAUGCUAGGCCAGAGCGACGCCUACGGGGCGGCCGACGCGCGGGACCUGCCCGCCCUGCUGUCCCUGUUCGGCCUGCCCCAGUGACAGGGGGAUGGGCUGCCCUGUGAGUGCCCACCUCGAGGGGUCCCCGCGCCGGAUGUGACUCCCUCUCCCCCAACGGGCCAGCCAAGGGGGUGGGCUGAUGACCACACGCGGUACGGCCCCUGGGGGGCGGCCUCCAUGUAGGGGUGGGUGGUUCUGUGUUCUGGCGCCUACGUAAUUGUAGGACUGGGGGCGGGGUGGUCUCGGGGGGCCCUUGUUAAUUCGAGGGUGGCACAGCCGGCCUCCGAUCUCUCUGCUCACCGGGCUCUUUCUUGGUGCUGCUGGGUUCUAUUUUAUUUUUUUUGGGGGGGGGCGUCGACCCCCCUCCCCCAAGGGCAUCGUCAGCUGCCGAUGCGGAGAGGGACCCACCACAUCUGUCCCAUUCACCUUUGCCCCCCCCCCCCCCCCCCCCCCCC